UUGAAGGUGUCAAACUUUGGGGUUUGGUUCCAGCUAUAUCUGCUCGCAAAAGUAUCUGAAUGAAAUCCACAGAGUUACUGUUUUACUGAACGUGUGAGCUGAACUAGAGGCGUCUCUGUGGUUAAAGUCAGAGGGGGAGUAACAGAGAAGCAGAGAGAGGAUGGAGUAAAGAGCAGAGCAUGCACAGAUACUAAAAGACAGGUUUUACAGAGCAUGUUUACAGUUUGGAGCAACUGGCAGAUUUUUUUCAGCUCGGCUCUUCUCUUGACUCAGUGUUGGGAUUUCUUGGAAGCCUCUGAUUGCAGGAAUUUGAGAGAUUGUUAAUAUUCAUUGGAAAAAAUUGUCGCCUCUUGUCAGAAUGAGGAUCCUGGCCCUCGGCCUCGUCUGCCUGUUUUGCUGUAACGCAGUUCGGGUUGAAAGGCGCCGUCCCAGACCCCUCAUGGCCAGAAGGAAGAAUGAGACUGAUGUCCAAACCAAAGCAGCACAGAACCCUUGCAAGGCCAUCCCCCUGGAUUUUGUCUUUGUCAUCGACAGCUCCAGAAGCAUCCGUCCCAACGACUAUGAGAAGGUCAAAACCUUCAUCAUCAACGUGAUUCAGUUCCUCACGAUUGGCCCUGAUGCGACACGGGUUGGCCUGCUCCAGUAUGGCAGCGUGGUCCAGCCUGAGUUCUCCCUCAAGAACUACACCAAUAAGGCCGAAGUGGAGCAGGCGGUGAGGAACAUGGAGCACCUUGCCACAGGGACCAUGACCGGUCUGGCCAUCCAGUACACCAUGGAGACGGCCUUCACGGAGGAAGAGGGAGCACGACCGGCAAACCUGCACAUCCCACGAAUUGCUAUGAUUGUGACUGAUGGGAGGCCCCAGGACACGGUAGAGGAGGUUGCAGCUCAGGCGAGGCAGGUUGGCAUCCAGAUCUUUGCUAUCGGAGUGGGCAGGGUGGAUAUGAACACCCUGAAGGCCAUAGGGAGCGAGCCUCACUCUGAGCAUGUUCACCUGGUGGCCAACUUCAGCCAGAUAGAAACCCUCAUCUCCGUGUUCCAGUCCAAACUGUGUGGAGUUUCAGAGAUGUGUGAGGUUGUGGACCAUCAGUGCCAACAUAUCUGUGUGAGCAGCCCUGCUUCGUACCGGUGCCAGUGCAGGGAAGGGUUCAUCCUAAACCCUGAUGGAAAGACAUGUACAGAAAUUGAUCACUGUGCUGACGGCACCCAUGGGUGUGAGCAGGAGUUUAUGAACACCAACAACUCCUGUGUGUGUAAAUGCAGAAAAGGCUACACACUCAACCCUGACGGAAAAACUUGCAAGAAGAUUGAUCACUGUGCUGAUGGUUCUCAUGGCUGUGAACAGGAGUUUGAAAAUAAAGACGACUCAUGUGUGUGCAAAUGCAGACAAGGCUACACACUCAGGCCUGAUGGGAAAACAUGCAAGAAGACUGAUCACUGUGCUGAUGGGAAACAUGGCUGUGAACACGACUUCAUGAACACAGAAGAUUCAUGUGUGUGUAAAUGCAGAGAAGGAUACACACUGCGACCUGAUGGCAAAACAUGUCAGAGUGUGGAUCUAUGUCAGACUGUGGACCAUGGCUGUGAACAUCAGUGUGUCAGCACCACUGACUCUUACAUCUGCAGAUGUUUUGAAGGAUAUAUCUUGGCUGAGGAUGGGAAGAGCUGCAAAAGUAUGAUCUUAAACUCCUUUAAUACAGACCAUCAUCUUCAGAUGUUCACUUAUGUACUAAUAAAUGAAACAUAUUUUUUUAUAUUUGUGUGUCUGACAGAGCCAGAGUGUGGCGAUGGAGUCAUGGAUCUGGUUUUUGUGAUCGAUGGCUCCAAGAGUCUGGGCCCUGCCAACUUCGAGCUGGUCAAACACUUUGUAAACGGCAUUGUGGACUCGCUGGACAUUUCCAAGACAGGCACACACGUCGGCCUUCUUCAGUAUUCCACCAAAGUCCGCACCCAGUUCACCCUGGGCCAGUACACCACAGCGCAGGACGUCAAACAGGCUGUGGCCCGGAUGCAGUACAUGGGGAGAGGUUCUAUGACGGGCUCAGCCUUACGUCACAUGUUUGAGUUCAGCUUUUCAGUGAAAGAGGGCGCCAGGCCAAACACCCCACGUGUCACUGUUGUGUUCACUGAUGGGAGAUCACAGGAUGAUAUCUCUGAAUGGGCGACUAAAGCAAAGAACUCUGGGAUCACCAUGUAUGCCUUGGGUGUUGGAAAAGCCAUUGAGCAGGAGCUGAGAGAAAUAGCCUCCGAGCCUGAUGAAAAGCAUCUUUACUAUGCAGAGGAUUUUGAAAAGAUGGGAGAAAUUACAAAGAAGCUCAAAUCCAGGAUAUGUAAAGACAAACCAGCUGAUGAAAACAUGUGCCAGUGUGAGAACGUGAUCAUGUUUCAAAACCAGGUCACUGAGAAGCUGAAGAACCUGGUGCAGAAUAUUGAGACCAUGUCCAAGAAGCUGGAGAAACUCGAGAAUCAAGUUGUGCACAAAUAAAAGGCUGAGACUCAUCCAUCAGCAUCCUCAGGAUCCCUUGAAUCCUGCUCAGCAAGUUACACAAAUGCAAUGCUUUCUGCGGAAGCUAUUUAUACACUUUUGUAGGCAACACAAUGUAUUCUAUGUAUUUUUGUCUGUAAUGGUCUCUGAAACAGAAAAGUGACAAAUAAACACUCAUGAUGUUUUUAUUAGG